AUGGACCUUGCUAUAAAUCAGAUCAAAAAUUUAAUAAAGAAUCAAGAUUUAAACUCAAUUUCAUCUCAAUCAUCUUACUCGUCUCAACAAAGAAUAAUCCAAAAGGUUCCUUCGAAAGUUUUCAUUCCUGAGUCAUUGAUUAAAUUUUGGUGUAACAAAUCAUCCAAACAAAAGCUGUGUCUUUUAUUACAAAUAGUCUUAGUAUCAGUUGCAUUCUACAUUUGUCUUCCUUCAAUUCCAUUAUUUCAAUCAAAUCAAAGAAAAAUGUUUUCCAAACGUCCUGAUAAACAUACAACUGGGUUGAUUAAUUUAAGAAAUGAUUGUUUUGCAAAUUCUUCAUUACAAGCAUAUUCAUCCUUACCUUCCUUAACGGAUUAUUUGAAUAAAUUUAUUGUGAGUUAUCGUCAAUUGUCUGAAUUUAUAAAUACACAUAAAUUGGAUGUAGAUGCAUUAACUAAAUUAAGAAUGGAACAUAAUAAAUCUUUACAAAAUUCAAAAUUCAAAUCUUCGAAUGCAAAAUUCACUAUUCCUUUACAUAUAGCUUUAGCGCAAAUGGUGAAAAAACUACAAGAAACUCAAAUGACAACAAAGACGAUUUCUGUUUGGACUUUCUUGCAUGAAUUGGAAAAUAUCUUCCAAGCUAAAAUAUCAAGAAGUCAACAUGAUGCUCAUGAAUUGACUCAAUUAAUAAAUGAAACUUUAGAGAAUGAAAACUUGAAAUUAAAAAGCUUUCAUAAAUUUAUCACGUUGAAUCUACAUCAUAUAAUGCCAAAGGGAAACCAACCAAAUCCUCAAGAUUAUACACAACUAGAACGAAUUUCGAUUCCUGAAUUCCCUUUUGAUGGAUUAAUUUUGGGUCAAAUGACCUGUUUGAAAUGUCAUGGUGUUUCGAAACCUACUUUCACACCUUUUGUUAUGUUGACAUUGCCAGCUCCGAUGAAACCGCAAGCCAACUUGGAGAGUUUGUUAGAAGACAAUGAAAGUGAAACAAUUGAGGGGUAUCAAUGUCUCAAAUGUAGGAUUGACAAAAUAGUUGCAAAUGAACUUUUAAUUCAACCUACGAGGAAAUUUCAUUCUCUCGAGGAAGAACAGUUUAUUCAUCAAAUUUUUGACUUGCAUAAUAAUCCGCAUUUAUGUAUAAACGAGGAUAUACCUGAACCAUUGGAAAAUUAUAUUAAAAAUUACAACGUUAAUGGCAUUGAUAUUUCAAAAGUAACUUCAACUGUUUCCAAAAAAUCUCAUAUUUUGAAACCACCAAAGAUUUUUGGUAUCCAUUUAUCAAGAUCAGCAUUUGAUGGUCAAACUGUUUCAAGAAAUUCUUGUCGAGUGACUUUUAAAGAUAACAUGAGUUUGUCAAUUGGUAAAGAGUAUCAUGAUAGAUUAAAAAAUUUUCAAACCAUAGUUCAAGACGAUGAAGAAAAAUUGAUAAAACAAUUAAGUUCAAAAGUAUUGACUACUGAUGAAAAUGAUAUGGAAGACGAAGAUGUACAGAGGGGUGAUUAUUUGGAAAAAGGAGAACCUGAUGAAGAUUUGGAUGAAGACAACGACGAAGCAACAGAUGAUAAUGAGACUAUACAUAAUGGAACAACUGAGGAGGAGGAUGAAGAUGAUGAUGACGAUGAUGAAGUAGACGAUGAUCUUUCAUCACGAACAAGUAUUGAAUCGACUCCACAAACUAUCACGACUUCAACAACAAUUAGACCACCAAAUAGUGCAUCAUCGGAAGUCGAAAAUCCAACUAUCAAUAAAGCCCCAAUAAACGACCAACAAACAGAAAAUUUGAGGGAACAUUUUAAGAAGUUCAAAUUUAACGAAAAUGACAUUUAUAAAUAUAGAUUGAAAGCUAUUAUUAGACACAUGGGAUCACAUACUCAAGGACAUUAUGAAUGUUAUAAGCAUAAACCAUUAUACGUGAAAAACAAAGACGGUAAUAUUUUUAAGUUGUCCCCAGAGAUCAUGGACUUGUCCGGAGAGGUUCAUUACGAUGUUUCACCCGUGGAUGAAGAUACGUCUGAGAAGAAAAAUUCAAGAUUUUCAAUACGUUCAGGGAGUAACGCAUCUGCCUCUGACGAUGAUGGGAUACGUCAUAGAUUUUCUUCAAUGAUUGGAAGAAGACCAUCAGUUAUACAAGCCAACCCCAGAAAUGUCGAAGAGAUCAUUCAGUCUGGUUUACAAACUCCAGCUGAGAUUUUAGUUGAUGAUCCAAUGAAAAACAAUUUUGAUAACGCUUUUGCCAAAGCUAAUUUUAAGUCAUCAUUCCAAGAUCAUCCACAAGAAUCAUCUAUUGAGAACGGUAUAAGUACUAAUGGAUCUCAAGCUUCUACUAAACAACCUGAAAAAAAGGUUAAAAUGAAAAAGAUUCAAUCUCUUAUAUCGAAUCCGUAUUGGAGGAUCAGUGAUGGUAAUAUCAAUGAAGUUUCAAGAAAUGCUGUUCUAGCGGAGGAAACCACGGUGUAUAUGUUAUAUUACGAAAGAGUUGAUAGAAAACAAAUUAAAAGAUCACAUAGAAAUUGA